AUGGAGUUGCCGUCUCUAUCAGCACGAUCCCCACUACUCGACAUUAGUACACUGAAACCAGAGUUUAUUAAGCCACAGUGGGCAACAUGCCCCGGAUACUUAGACACCGUUCUCUCGAUUUUCCAACGCCACAAUCACCCUUUUAUCUUGGUCAGCACCCUGGCGAUGAGAUGGAGUGGUGGGAAUAAUUCUCCACAAAAAGAAAUUGAUGUGCUUGUGCGGUCGUCUCAUUUGCAGGCGCUUGUGGAUGAUAUCGUUGGAUCUGGAGAGUGGAAAGUUUCUAGAAACUAUGUGGAUAUUAAGGAUUGGUUACUUUAUGACAGCAUGGUCAACGAAACUCCGAUCCGCGACGUCUGGCUAAAAGCCUGCUUUUUGGACCCCGCUUUUGAAUACCUCCGAUUUUGGCCAGAGGAGCUCUACCACCUCACAGUGGAUUGCAAUAAGGUCGAGGUCCCAGAUGUCUCUAUACGGAAUUAUGUGGUGCUGGAGGAAGAAUACUACCGGGACCCAUGUCAACGAUUUGGACCUCCACUACUACGACGCUACGAAGAAUGCAACAUUCCUUUGUUACCACCUAUACAACAACGAGCCAAAAUCAUGAGACGGGAUAUCCCUAUCUUUAUUCCGACUAUUGAAGACCAUAUUAACGCGCUCCUAGAUCAAACACGAGAACAACGCAAGUCGGAACGUCGUAACGGAGGAGAUCCUGAAGGGCAAAUUAGAAACUACAUUCGUUAUCUCUAUCUCGACUGGAUUCCUACGCGAAAUUGGCUCUUGAGCACUAAAAUUCGAGAACGAAAUCUGGAAUUAAUGACCCAAAAAUUAGACAAGUAUCAGAGAAAGCCCAUUGUACAACUGGAUCCUAUUACGAAAAAAGCAUACCAUAUCAUGCCGUGGGAGCGGCCCAUCAGGCCGGAGUUUCUACACCUUGCGGAACAAAUCAUUGACUCAGGACCUUCGUAUGCGUCAUGUUAUCCUAAAUUCCCUAAUCCUGAUAGAUCCAAAGCUAUUGUCAAUUUUGGCAAGAGCACGCAAGAUAUAUGA